GAGAAGCCUGCGGCAGCCAAUGAAAGCAGUGUGUCUGGCAAGGGGGCUGUUGAUGGCGCUGCGGGUUGCCGAGGCGGGCAAAGGGUGCAGCAGAGCAGGCGCGAGCGCGGCUGGCUUGGCGGUGUCGCCGGUCGUCGACUGAGAUUUAUUCUGGCUGUUUGGUGGAAAAAUAUCCUCUGAGGAGUUAAGGCUGAAUUAAGGCUGCAGUCCUGUCCACACUUACCUGUGAGUAAGCCUAACUGAACCCAGUGGAACUUCCAGCCUAAUUCUAUGUUUCCUUGGAAUUCUUUGAGUAUUGCUUGAUGGUGAAAAAUGGGGGAGAUAGAAGGUACCUACAGAGUAUUACAGACGCCAGGUUCUCGUUUGGGAGUCCAAAAAAAUUCGGGAGUGAGCACCCUGGAGCCAGGACAGAACCUCUCCUCAGCCAUAGCAUCAACACCUGCUAAAACACAUGAGAGGUCGCUACAGAUCAAGAUAAAGCUUUUGGAUAACACUGUGGAAGUACUUGAUAUUGAGUCAAAAUAUUAUGGGCAGAAGCUGCUGACAGAGGUAUAUCAUCGUUUGAAUCUGGUUGAAUCUGACUACUUUGGAAUUGAGUUCCAGAACAUGCAGUCAUAUUGGAUUUGGCUUGAGCCAAUGAAACCUGUUGUUAAACAAAUACGAAGACCAAAGAGUGCAAUUCUUCGUCUAGCUGUAAAAUUCUUUCCUCCUGAUCCUGGGCAGUUGCAAGAGGAAUAUACCAGGUAUCUUUUUGCAUUGCAAAUCAAGAGAGAUCUAGCAGAAGAACGCCUUACCUGCAAUGACAAUACAGCAGCACUUCUCGUCUCUCACCUUCUGCAGUCGGAGAUUGGAGAUUUUGAUGAAUCAGGGGACCGCGAGCACCUUAAAAACAACCGGUACUUUCCAAACCAGGAGAGACUGCUAGGAAAAAUACUUGAAUUUCACAGGAAGCACAUGGGCCAAACUCCUGCUGAAUCUGACUUCCAGGUGCUUGAAAUAGCUCGGAAGCUGGAGAUGUAUGGCAUGCGAUUUCACCUGGCAUCUGACCGAGAAGGGACAAAAAUUAACUUGGCUGUUUCACAUAUGGGUGUACUGGUAUUUCAGGGGAAUACAAAAAUCAAUACUUUCAACUGGUCCAAAGUCCGAAAAAUAAGCUUCAAGAGAAAGCGAUUCCUUAUCAAGCUUCACCCAGAGGUUCAUGGUCCAUAUCAGGAUACGCUGGAGUUCCUUUUGGGUAGUAGAGAUGAGUGCAAAAAUUUCUGGAAAAUCUGUGUUGAAUAUCAUGCUUUCUUCAGGCUAUUUGAUCAGCCAAAACCAAAGUCAAAAGCAGUUUUCUUCAGCAGAGGGUCUUCUUUCAGAUACAGUGGGCGUACGCAAAAACAGUUGGUAGAUUAUGUUAAAGAGAGUGGGUUGAAAAAAAUUCCAUAUGAAAGGAGGCAUAGCAAAACUAGAAUGUCUGCUCACACCCUGAAUACUGAUGUCCCCAAACAGAGUGCCUCGUUUACAGAAGGGUUAAGAACCUCUGGGCCUAAUGCUUGCACAUAUGCCUCCUUCCAUUCGGAUAACGUGUUAUCUACAAACAUUGCCAGCUUGUCCACUUUCACAGAGAGCAGUCCUUUCUUUCUGGAGUCCAGAAUAUCACAUACAAGGAGCUCAACAGCAGAAGCAAAUAGUGGGCUAUCUGAAGAAACUGGGAAGAAAGUGGCACAGCAGCCUGGAUCACCAAUACUCCAAUCAUUCCAAGGUGCUCAGCUGCCUUCCUUCACAACAAAAAGUCCGAUGACCUUGAACCCUCCAUUUCAUGCGACUAUGAACCCAGCUGGCCAGGGCUCAUCUCCUCUUUUGAGUCCUGUCCUCAGUGACGUUGGUGGUGCGAGGGUAGAAGAGGAGGAUGAAACAAGGCGUAAGAGAUAUCCAGCAGACAAAGCGUAUUUCAUUGCAAAAGAAAUUCUUACUACUGAACGAACGUAUUUAAAGGACCUAGAAGUCCUAACUGUCUGGUUCCGCAGUGCAGUUGUCAAGGAGAAUGCCAUGCCUGAAGGUCUCAUGACCUUGCUCUUCUCUAACAUAGACCCAAUUUAUGAGUUUCACAGAGGUUUCCUGAAAGAGCUUGAACAGCGGCUAGCACUCUGGGAGGGACGUUCUAAUGCUCCCAUGAAAGGAGAUCAUCAACGAAUUGGUGAUGUCAUGCUUAGAAAUAUGCAUGCAUUAAAGGAACUUACCAGCUACCUGCAGAAACAUGAUGAAAUCCUAAUGGAACUAGAGAAAGCAACCAAGCGCAUUAAGAAACUAGAAAUGGUUUAUAAGGAGUUUGAACUCCAGAAGGUUUGCUAUUUGCCACUCAACACAUUUCUUCUCAAACCCAUCCAGAGGUUAAUGCACUACAAGCUGAUCCUGGGGAGAAUUUGCAAACACUACACGGCAGACCACCGGGACUACACCGAUUGCAGGAAUGCACUGAAGGAGAUCACAGAGAUGACAUCACAGCUUCAAAACAGCCUGAUCCGGUUGGAGAAUUUCCAGAAGCUAACAGAGUUACAGCAUGACCUGCUUGGCAUCGAUAACCUUGUAGCAGCUGGCAGAGAAUUUAUCCGGGAAGGCUGCUUAUACAAGCUCACCAAAAAGGGGUUACAGCAAAGGAUGUUUUUUCUGUUUUCAGACAUGUUGCUGUACACAAGCAAGGGAGUCACGGGUACCAAUCAGUUCAAAAUCCAUGGGCAUCUUCCUCUCCAUGGGAUGCUGGUGGAGGAGAGUGAAAAUGAAUGGGCAGUCCCUCACUGCUUCACAAUCUACUCCGCUCAGAAAACCAUAGUAGUGGCUGCAAGCACGCGUCUGGAAAUGGGGAAGUGGAUGGAAGACCUAAACAUGGCGAUUGAAAUGGCCAAAAAAUCCACUGAGAAAUCAGACAUGUUUCUGGAAAACUCCCUCUGCAAUCGUUCUAACAGAUCCUCUGAUGAGGUUUCUCUAGAACAGGAGUCCGAAGAGGACAUACAUUCUUCUCGUAGCUCCCUGGACAGGCAGAGCCACCACCGUGCCAACACUACCAUGCAUGUCUGCUGGUACCGCAACACCAGUGUCUCCAUGACUGAUCACAGUGUGGCCGUCGAGAACCAGCUAUCAGGAUACUUACUAAGGAAAUUCAAAAACAGUAACGGUUGGCAAAAGCUGUGGGUUGUCUUUACCAACUUCUGUCUGUUCUUCUACAAAACUCACCAGGAUGAUUACCCACUGGCCAGUUUACCGCUCCUUGGCUACACUGUCAGCACCCCAGUGGAGACUGAUGGCAUUCAGAAGGAAUAUGUCUUCAAGCUACAGUUCAAGUCCCAUGUGUAUUUCUUCAGAGCUGAAAGCAAAUACACUUUUGAGAGGUGGAUGGAAGUGAUAAAGAGAGCUACAAGUUCCCCUGGGAGAUCCAGCCUUUUCAUUCCAAAGGAUGAAAAGGAAAAGGUUACAAACUGAAAGAAGCAGAGCUGGGUCUCUGUUGUAGGUAGUUGUUUGCAGCAUGGGUUGGGGGGGGAAGGGGUCUGGAGUCCGAGCUUGACAGUAGCCAAAAGAGGUGCCACCCGCAGUGGCAGAGUUAGCUGCCUCCUGGAAAAUGGUGAAUUUGCUGUAGUGUGGCAAGCGGCCAUGCCCCCAAGGAACUGCAAGGACAGUGGAGAUAAUUCUGUUCACGGAAGAAUUGUGGCUGCUGGAUGUACAAGCGAUAGACACAAUUUUGUACUUACAUAAAGAACAGCUGUUGGUAAGUCCAUUACCUUUCAGGAGGUUUCCAAAAACUCAUGUUAACAUUCAGCCUGGCUAAACAGUCUUUGUGUAGCUUGCUAUUUCAGCCUGCCAGCCAUGCCUCAAAUGCUGCAGUGCAUUCACAUUAAUUUAAAGUGGGAGUUCUGCUCACUCUAAAAUGUUGGAGUGCUUCAGGAAACUGCCAAGUAGCAACUUUACCCCUUUUUAUUUUCCCCAAGUGGAUGAGGUUCUAAUGUGUGUGGCAGUGGGUGGAAGAAAAGGGUUGCUGCAGUCAGUACUGGAAGGGUUGAAAUUUUGCUAAAAGUAGAGACCAUUCUGAUGUCGGUAGAGGCUGCUGCAAACUAUGUCUGCACUGUUUGCCCCUAACAUCAGAGUUCUGUGUCCUGUUGUUGGCACAUAGGAAGCUGCCAUAUACUUAGUCAGACCGUAAGUCCAUCUAGCUCAGUAUUCUCUGCACAGACUGGCAGCAGCUUCUCCAAGGUUGCAGCAGAAAUCUUUCAGCCAUAUUUUGGAGAAACCAGGGAGGGAACUUGGAACCUCGAUGGUCUUCCCAGAGCAGCUCCAUCCCCUAAGGGGAAUAUCUUCCAUUGCUCACACAUCUAGUCUCCCAUUCAUAUGCAGCAAGGACAGACCCUGCUUAGCUAAGGGGACAAGUCAUGCUUGCUACCACAAGAGCAGCUCUCCUUUCAUAUGUUCUCUGUGAGCUUUUCCAGGGCAUGCAAGCUAUGCUUGAUCUGGCUAACUUUUUAAUAAAGCUAUGAGUAUGCAGCGAUAGCUGUGUUCUCUACCAUGCUGUUGGCACAUACCAAAAAACAAAAGAACCUUCAAUGGGAUAUCCAAAAUAACCAAUUUGUUUUCUCCAGGCUCCCUAAAAUAAAAUAAAACAAAACAUUUGCUGCUGCAUGUAUGAUCAACAUACUUUUUUUUUUUUAAGUGUGGAAGAAGAGUUACAGUAAAAGGCUAGAUUAACUCCAGAAGAGUUAGUACCUCAGUAAAAGAUACUUUGACAUACAUGAACCAAGAAGGAAAUAGGCCUAUGGUACGGUUAGGGACUUAAUAUAUGAGAACUGGUCUAGCCAUACCUCCUUCAUUGCAAGGCAGAAAUGGUUGAAAAUACCAUAAACAUCAAUCGCUUCUGUCAUUUAGUGUCACAGUCAUGGAGGAAAAGCCUAGCCUUUGCUUUUAAAAAUGAAUGUGAAACCUCUGACUAAAGGGCUCUAGGGUGGAGAUUAACAGGGGUUUUUUUUAAAUGGCCCUUAGGUUGGGUAGCAGAGGAAAGUAGUCUGCUGGUUUGAACAUGGUUACGCGUAUUCUAAUAUAUUGAAAGCAACAAUGUGGUGAUGGGUACUCUGCUUUGACAGUCAAGGCAGAAAAAAAUUGAUAUCCUACACAUUGCAUAUGAAUAUGGGAGAGUAAAGGAGGCACAACUUGAGGAAAAAUUCAGAAGCAGGUGUCUUCAUUUGUGUUCCUGAAAUAUGUAAGUAGAGUUAGGUCAGUCUUCUAGCUAAAGGGAUGGAUUCUUUGAUAAGAGGGUAAAGGGAAGAUUUUGUAAUUUUUGUUUUUGUUUCACAUCUUAAAUAAGCUUCAAUGUACUAAAUAUUUCUUCUCUAUUACAAUGGUCAUUACUCAAUAUAAGUUAAUUUUUUUUUAUUUGUGUGUUUUGGAAAUAAACUAUUGUAGAUCUUGAAA